AGAUAAAUAGAARCUCGAUCUUUGUCUUUCGAUAAAUCUGACUAGGUUGCUUUCGACAAAUCGGAAUAGGUUGAGUCUUCCCUAGAACCAUCCCUGUUUUGAUUACUUUAUUUUUGAUGUUCGAYCUUGACGUCAGUCAGCUGGUAUCACWCACCACUAUAUAUUUCAAUUAGUUUGAAAAAAAARCAACAACGAACAAUAGACAACAAUGGGUCAGGUGGAGAAACAUCUCGCUAGAGGUGCUGGAAUCUGUGGGAUCUUUAUUCUGUUGUGUGGACUUGGAGACGCCAUUAURGGUGUUCUUUGGAUAGUUAACAGUGUAGUCAGUUUCUGGUUGCAUGGUUCUGGAUUAUGGUCUGGUAUUCCGCUUAUCAUAGCAGGAAGCUUGGGGAUUGCAACAUGGCCAACAAGAAGUCAGGGGCUGAUGGUCGCGUUUGUUGUUUUCUGCAUAUUUGCUUGUAUUUUAGCGUCAGUUCAAGCGAUCAUUUCUGGAGUGAUAUAUCGUUCGCUUUCUAUCGCCUUCACAGCUUGCCUGAGCAGUGACGUUGGAAUUUGCUCCGACAUUAAGGUGAAGAUCAUGGUUACCAGUAUUCUUGUUUGGCUUAUUUUGAGUUCCUUGGGAGCCAUUCUAUCCUUCGCUGGCUCUAUUGUUGGUUGCAUGGGAGCCUGCUGUGGAUCACGGAACAGCGGCGCAGUAGUGCAACAACCAUCUUCAACUAUCGUCAUGACCACCACACAGACAUCAAAUACUCCGGGGUAUUUUCCAACUGAACAGAACUCACAGCUGGCCGGCUAUCCUAACCAACAACAACAACCUGAUAGACCACCGCAAUAUGUUGAUAAGCAAUGAGUAUAGUAAAACUUACUAUAGCUAGACUUUAGGUUUAGCCAAUGACAGCGUUUGAAACAGUCUCUUCAAUAAAAACGCGUUUUUUAUAGGCUAGUUAAAGAAACUAUCGUCAAGUUUCAUGUUAAUAUAAUUCGUAGAUUGUAAUGUUGGUAGGUUUUGAUUUUUUUUAUCACAUUUGAUUUUUAAGUAUACAUUUGAAGUAGUUAUUAUUUCAUACCAGUAAAAGAAUACAUUUUCCUGUA